UAAAGAGGCGUCAAAGAGGGCAGUCGGGUGUAAAUCCGCGAAUAAUAGGUCAAGUGUCAUCAGGAGAAAAAUGUAUAUACAGAUGUCGGUGUUUAUCGAAUACGAAAUAUAUAGAGUCGUAAACGGCACUUUAUUGGGUAAACCUUUUCUAGGUGAACAAAGUGUGGCAAUGCAUUUGGUUUCUUCCUAGCGCGUUUACAUUUAUAAUCAGGCAUUUAGUGGGCGACUAAAUGACCAGACUAGUAAUGUUGGUGAUGCGUUGGCACUUUGGCGCUUGUGUUCCUCAUGCAACUAUUUUAUUUAGGUUAUAAAUGUUUUAGUGUUUUCUACUGAACUGACUCCCGGACAGUUAGAUGGGAUCAAAUUUGAAAACGAUUGCCGUCUCAUAGAAAUGCAUUAGCUCACCACUAAGCCACCAAGUGGCGUCUUUGUGUACACAAGGAUAUUCUUCGCAAAAUUCGGCUGAGUAACGGAAGAGGCGAUGAGAAAAGUAAACGUGAUCAUCCUUGUGCUACUUGCUGUGGCUUUCCUGAUCAUAAUUCAACGGAAUCUUCUCAGCCUCAGCGAUUUUUUACAUAAAGAAAUCACACAUGCUGGGGCAAUUCUUCCCUUCGAGGCGGAACUGUCUCCGGAUCUUAGGGCGGACUUGCAGAGACAAGGGGACGAGAUCCCAGUGGUCAUGACUGCUUCAGAAGAGAGGCUCGGUGCUGCUGUGGCCGCCAUGUACAGCAUUUACCAGAACACGAAAACCAACGUUGUCUUCACCAUUGUCACCAUGAACGACACAGUGGAUCACCUAAAGGCAUGGUUGAGUGCACCAAGGUUAAAAAGCAUGAAAUAUAAAAUGGUCGUCUUCAAACCUGAGCUGCUGGUUGGCAAGAUACCCCAAAAUUCUCCCGUGGCGGAUGCCACAAAACCGCUGACUUUUGCCAGAUAUUAUCUACCUUUAUACCUGCCCGAGGUGGAGAAAGCCAUUUAUUUGGAUGAUGAUAUCAUUGUGCAAGGGGAUAUUAAAGAGCUUUAUGAAACGACUUUAAAACCUGGACAUGCAGCAGCUUUCUCGGAUGACUGUGAUUCAGCAUCAGCCAAGGCCAUUGUUCGAGGGGCUGGAACUCAGAAUAACUACAUGGGUUUCCUGGACUUUAAAAAGGAUGCUAUUAAACAACUAGGAAUGAGGGCCAAAACAUGCUCCUUCAACCCAGGAGUCAUCGUUGCCAACCUGACCGAGUGGAAGAAUACGAACGUCACGGCUCAGCUGGAGCACUGGAUGGAGCUCAACAUCCAGGACGAUUUGUAUAGCAAGACGUUGGCGGAGAGUAUCAGCACUCCCCCACUCCUCAUAGUUUUUUACAAGCGUCACUCUACACUUGACCCCAUGUGGCACGUGAGGCACCUUGGCACAACAGGUGCUGGAAACCGCUACUCGCCACAGUUUGUCAAAGCAGCUAAACUCCUUCACUGGAAUGGACACUAUAAGCCUUGGGGGAGGACAUCCUCCUUCGCCGACGUGUGGGACAGGUGGUUCAUUCCGGACCCCAUAGAUAAGUUUCAUCCAGUGCGGAGACAUGCGGGGGACAAUUAAGAUUAAAAAUGUGUACCGGUAUGUAUCUGUGCAAGUCAAGUCAACCAUGCCUGCAGGAACGCACCUCUCAGGAAUACGAAUACGGUGCUGUGGAAAGGUGUCGGAUCCCUUCUCAAAUUGGUACAUUCGUGCAGUUUUCUCACUUUAUGAUAACUAAGCAAACUGUAAAUAAACAAUUUACCCCAAGUGAACAUAAAAUGCUCUUUUUAUAUAGUAAUUUAUUUUAAGGGGGGAGAAAAAACUAUUCAGUUACCCAAGUAAUGGCCCCCUAACCCUAAUAGCCAGCUGCCAGUUACCUUGAAAUAAUAAUUUACUGAUUGAGCUUAAAAGUAACUUGGUUACUUCGAUUACUUGAUUUCAGACGUAACUUGGAAAAGUACAUUUUUCAGUUGCUUUCAGCAGCUGCCAAGUCGCAGGAAUAGAAUAGCAGACUUAUCCAUAGUACAAAACGAGCGUUAUUUUAACUGGACCCAUUACUUGGUCAUAUACACCUAACAGCAGGUUACAGAAUAUUAAGAUGAAAUAACUGAAACAGUGAAUAGUUGAAGCCACAUUAAAUUAGCUACUUACUGAAAAGCUGAAAUGCCAAAUUGAGUAAGUAACCAAUAAUGUAAAGAAGCUCACAGUUCUCAGGUACACUUCUCAAGACUGCACGGGAGUCCAUGAUUGCAACCUUGUGCACGCAUGGCCCACGCUUGCCCUCACCAUUUAAAAACAGCACUUUACAUUCACUUGUGUACUAUAUAUUUACAUUUGUUUGCUCUUAAAGCGGGGAAAUGCAAAAAUAAACAUUGGAGAACGGGUUCAAUCAUUUUCACAGCACUGUAUACUCCAAGGAAAAAUUUCCACUUACCAUUGCUUAUUGGUACUGUAUUCAUAACAGCAUUUUAAGAGUAAAUUUGAAAUCACAGCUCUUUUAGUUGAGAUGACCAUAUAUUCAAAUGCACCAAAACUGUCUUGGGCUUCGAUGACUUUGUCAAACAAAUCUUUGUGACCAAUCGAAAAGUAAAGAAUCCAGCAGACCCUGACAAAGCUAAUCAGCCUUAUUUGAUCAGAUACAAAGCUGAUGCAUGAUGGUCAAUAACUGCACGUGCCAAAACAAUGAAGUGCUCUCAGUUAAAAUGCUUACAGAGAGAGAACUCGCACUAUUUUAAAGGCGAACUUUUCAUUCUUAAAUUGGUACAGCAGCAUUUUCCAAUUUUCAUGGGUAUCAUUCUAAGUCACUCAUGCUACUUUACACUUCCUGUGGAAAAGUAUUGUUUGUUACUUCAGUCAGUCACCUUUCCUAGGUCAGAGCUUCACUACAUUUUACACAUUUCUAUUACUAAAAAAAAUGUUUGACACUUGGAUUAAACACAGUACAACACUAGAUAAUUGUACUAAUUUCUAUUUUAUGGCUCACUGUUACAAUACUUAUUUUAAACAAUGUAAUAUGCAAACCGCUAAGCAACUACUCGCAGACAUUUUAAUAUUCCAAUCCAGGCUACUAUACAUAUAAUUUAUAUUGUACAUUAAAUGCAUCUGCAGAAUUAUCAAUUUAGGAAGUUUUGGGUGACGAAGACCAGCAAUUUCACAUUUGUGGUAUGAAAAGGUCUCUACAAUAUGGAACAACUGAAAGUCCUGAUUAAAUCCAUCAAUCAGGAGAGUGAAACACUUGUUUAUUGUAUUAGUGUCUAUAUACAAAAUGUUUAUACAGAGAUACAACUGUGUGGAUCAUACUGGACAUAAUUACCAAAUCUGAAGUCACCAAAUAUACAUACAUCUGCCAAAUGACUAGGCACACGACAAUAGUGCCACACAAUUCAGAUAGAAUAUUCAUCAAAACCAGUUCAUGGAGAUUUUUCUCUUUUUUUAAGGUUAUGAUUUGUUUAUUGCCAAUUUGGACUGAUUAUGAAUUCACAUUUUUUUAAACAUUAUAUUAUUAAUAAUGGAGGGAAAAAAAAAAAAAAAAAAAAAAAAAAAAUCACCCAUACGGGCCAACAGCCACUGGGGUUUUUAGGUGCUUCAGUGACCAUUGUUUUGAAUAUCUUUUGACAAGUUUACCUUCUGUGUGACAAUUUCUGUUCAAAGUUAAAAUAAAAGUGGUUUACAUUAAAUUUUGACUCAUUUGGUGUCUAUGAAAAGUUCAUAGAUUUCUAUGAACAGACUACGAAUGGUUAAUUUUUUUUUUUGUCUGAUUGUCCAGACACUGAGAGCAGUCUCCAGAUUUGCAGUGGAGAAUAGAAGUUAUGCGUGUUUUUAAAUGAAGGGCUGCACCUUCCCCUGACCUCAUGGACUCAAAUACAAGUUCAUUAAAAAUAGGCGUUAAAGUCG